CAUGGAUGUGAGUGUGCUGAAAGAAGAGCUCAAAACUCUUAAGUUGAACGUGAUCGAAGUCUUCAAGAUAACGAGACACAACAAGGAUGAUCAACUGUACCUAGUUCAUCUCGAGAAAGGAUCGGCAACGACGUCUGAAUCGAAAGCAGUUCCCAGCAAUUUUCAACAUCAUCGUGACUUGGAAACGUUAUCGUCCAGUGCACCGUGACAUGGCGUAAUGUUCGAAUUGCUUGCAGUUUAGACAUGGUGGAAGGAACUGUUUCAUCAAGAGUCGUUGUGCAACCUGCGGAGGUGAGCACAAACAUAAGCUUGCAACACAAUCAACGAGAACAUCGAAGCCAAAUGCUUCAACUGUGGUGGCGACCAUUCGACGAAGAAACGGAGCUGCCCAAAACGUUUGUAAAAAUUCGGCAGCAAGCGACGACAAGGAACUAAUCAAAUCUUCGCAAAACACCAUCAGCAUUCACGGACGUGGAUUUUCUUGCUUUGGCGUCGUCAGGAGCGGGAUCUACUCGAGUGGUUCCAAAUCUGAAACCAUUGCCGUUUGAUAAGCGCCAAAAAGUUGCAGAGAAUACAACACCUCCAGGCUUCAGUCAGCAACCGAGGGAAAACCAACCAGCAUCAACGGAUGAAGGCAGUAGUGACCUGUUUUCACCACAAGAACUUCUGCACAUUUUCUUCGAGAUGACAGCAACUCUGCGUGGUUGCAAAACUCGCCAGGAACAAUUGCGAUGAACGAAACCAUCAGCCUGGACCAGCUAUCGCUGGCGUUCACCUGCCGGACCUGUCUGAACACCGACUCGCGCCAGCAGCUGGUUCCGAUCUUCGACGGACACCAUCAGCCCUUUGACCUGCUCCAGCAGCUGCGGUUCCUCAAGCUGAAGAUCGCACCGGACGACGGACUUCCGGCCAGCAUCUGCAGCGGUUGCAUGGAACGUCUAGCAUCCGUCGAUGCCUUCCGGACGCAGUGCGAAAAGGCGCAGGAAGUUCUGGACAGCUACUUUGCGGGGUUGCCGAACGGCGGUAAGGAGGUUGAGGAGCUGCAGUACACGGAUGUGGAACAGCUGGAAGAACCGACUGGACAGGAUGAAGAUCUGCACUGUUCGGUUUGUGGGAAGGGUUACAAGCGGCGGGUCCAUCUGGAACGACACCUACUCAAACACAAGAGUGGCGACGAAAUUAAAGUGGAGCCGGUGGCACCGGCCACCAGCUACGUCUGCUUGAAAUGUGGCAAGCGGUUCAUGAAGGUGGAAUCGCUGCUUCAGCACAAGACUGAUGGGAAGUGCGUCUCGGCGGAGCAGCCAGAGUGUCGAUUCUGCUCUGAGCAGUUCUCGUCGGAGCAAGAGCUGGAAGCACAUCUGGAGCAGGUUCAUCCGAAGGAUCGUCCGCACGCGUGUCCGCUGUGCAAAAAAACAUUCCAGAGCGUUUCGAACCGGAACACUCACUUGCUGCUGCACAACGGGGAAGGUUCGGUAAAGUGUAACGAGUGCGAGCAGUCCUUCCGGAGCAAGGUUUAUCUGAGACGACACGUCAAAGCCGUCCAUACGGUUAGCCAUCACGAGUGCGACCAAUGUGAAGCUACCUUCACCAGCACCGCCAAGUACGAGUACCACCUGAAGUCACACAAUCCGAACAAAAAGUACCAAUGCCGGGACUGUCCAAAGUCCUUCCUGCAGCAGCACCACCUGAUCAAUCACGAGCGCAUCCACUCCGGCAUGAAGCCGUUUCUUUGCAACGUGUGCGGCAAAGGCUUCAUGCACGAACCGAGCUUCAAGACGCACCUGAAAAUCCACGCCGGAGUCCGACCGCACGUCUGUGAGAUCUGCUCGAAGAGCUUCGUUCAGCGAGCUACCUACGUCCAGCACGUGGCCAAACACGGGAAUACCCGAGCGUUCCAGUGCGACCACUGUGGUAAGGACUUUGUUCAGCGAGCGGCGCUCGCGGCUCACCUCAAAACGCACAACCAAACAGACCAACUUGAAGAGCCAGCAAAGAGCAAAGAUGAUCCUCAGCCCAAGCUGGAAGCACCAGCGAAAAGUGCCAAGAGCUUGAACUUCACGUGUCAACAAUGCAACAGGGUGUUCAAGCUACCUUCGUCGCUUGAGUCGCACAUGAAGAUCCACCGAGAGGAGCGGAAUCACGUUUGUGGCGAGUGCGGCAACUGCUUCAAGCGGGCGGAACAUCUACGGGUGCACAUCAACGGAGUUCAUCUUAAGCGCAAGCCGUACAGCUGCGAGGUCUGCCACAAGGCGUUCGCGCAGUCGGGCGAUCGGAAUGUGCACAUGCGGCGCCACAACGGCGACGAUCGGCCGCACAAGUGCGCCUACUGCGACAAGAGCUUCGGGCUGGCCAAAGCGCUGCGAUCGCACGUCCGCUUGCACACCGGCGAGCGACCGUUUGUGUGUUCGCUGUGCAAGGCGGGCUUCAUUUCGUACAGUGCGCUGGCGGCACACACGUUGAAGCAUCAGGAAGAGGAGCUGAUUCGGAGUGAACUACAAACCUAUCUUUAAAUGUGUGAAACUCCCUGGAUCCUGGACAGUAAAGAAAGCUUCUCAAAUCUUCAAGAUUCCUCAGUUGUCGAUCAAAUGCAAGAAGCCUAAACGCAAAUAGAUGACGAAAAUUCUACAACAUUUAUCAGAUAGAGAUGUUAGCCAAGCAUGACUUCAAGACUCCAUAACUAAUCAGUGACCAGAAGAAAGAAGCCUGCUCGCAAAGAAGUGUCAAAAACAGUGAUCGCAAAAUGAACUCUUCGACAUUUCUUCGAUGGAGAUGCAUGACUGCAACACUCAAUGCCUCAUUCUGGUGAUCGGAAGCAAGAAGCUUUAACGCAAAAAGAUGUCUGAAACCUAUCGCUGCGUGAUCACUCACUCGUACCAAUAUGUUAGUUACGAGGCUACCAAAAAAGCUGUAAAGCCGAAAUUCUUGUUACGACUACGAACCAGACCACUUUUGCUGCGCUCUCCAUCCCAAAUCAACCAUCCUGAUUCAUUUGAGUGGCGACGAGAAUGGGAUUUUAUACGGCAUCGAAUGUACAAAGGUUUGAAUGAUGAGGCCAAGGCCAAGAAAGGAGGACUGUGGUGAACCACCCUAUCGCAGCGUGGUGCUAAUCAUGUGUUCAAAUAUGUAAAUACAGAUGUUAUGAAACGGA